UGUACCUGAACACAGCACUUUGGACAGUUUUUGGGGUGCCUGCAAGUACCGUCAGCAGCGGACCGUCAGUUAAAAUGCCCGUAGAUUUGAGCCAGUGGACCGGGGCUCUGGCCCUCCAGGAUGUUGAGGAACAACCUGCGAAACCUUUGACGAUUAAAUACGGCUCCGUAGAGAUCGAUGAGCUCGGCAAAGUGCUCACUCCAACACAGGUGCAGAACCGACCCACCUGCAUCGAAUGGGCAGGAUGUGACCCGAGUAAGAUGUACACUCUGGCCCUGACCGAUCCUGACGCCCCCAGCAGGGAGAGCCCAAAGUUCAGGGAGUGGCACCAUUUCCUGGUGGUCAACAUGAAGGGAAAUGACGUCUCCUCUGGCAGUGUCAUGUCAGACUACGUGGGCUCUGGUCCUCCAAAGAACACAGGUCUGCACAGGUACGUCUGGCUGGUGUAUGAGCAGUCUGGCAGCCUGGACUGCUCAGAGCCCUGCCUCACCAAUCGCUCUGGAGAAGGACGAGGAAAGUUUAAGAUCCAGACCUUCAGGCAGAAGUACAACCUGGGAGCCCCAGUGGCAGGAACCUGCUAUCAGGCCGAGUGGGACGACUAUGUUCCCAAACUGUACGAGCAACUGGCUGGGAAAUAAACAAAGACUAAAUGGUUAAGCAUUCAGCACUAGGAAUUCCCACCAAAGGUGUUUGGAGGGAAGACUCCAUGUUUAUGCAUUCAGCACUAGGAAUUCCCACUAAAGUUAGUGAUUUGUACUAAAUCCCCCUUAUUGUGAAAAGAAGAGGGAAAGCAUUUGUUUUUGUGUGCCAUUGCAUAGUAUUUUGUUUCCCUCAAUUGAUGCCUACUAAAUUGAAAAUUAAGUCAACAGCACGUGUCUGCAAUAAAUCUGUUACACACUGA